GCAGAAAUGUGUAUUAAAAUUCCAGUAAUUAAUAGAAAUUGCUCAAAUUCUGCCCAAAAAAAUUUGCCCAAAGUGGUUUAACUACAUUGGAAAAGAAAUGGUGAUCUGCUGCCAGUGGAAAGUAUUUGUACUUAUGGCAAUGCUAUCGUUCGUUAGUACAUCCAACCUCACCUAUUUACUUUUACCACCAAACACACCCACCCAUACACACACACACACACACACACACACACUCCUCCAGAAGCUCCACUCAUUUUGGUCAAUUACGCACCAGUAAGCUGCAGGAGGUGCUACAGACUUCCUCGACAAGAGAAGGCGCACUGAUCCUCACUUCACUUUCCCCUCUCUUAAAGACCUGAAUUAUUAUUUGUGAGGGAAAAUGAACCGCUACACGUUUUCCGCGUGUGUUCCCUGCAUGUCCUCAGUCACAAGUGCGUAUAUGAUUGCUGCAACUGGAAAUGCGCUGCAACAUUGAUCCGUGUUGGACUCCGGGAGCGCGCGGUGUCUGAUAUGGAGGUGACUUCGGAUCCGCUUGCGUUCACAUCAGUGCUUUACGACGGAGAUGAUGAUGAGGGGAACGAGACCUCCUCUAACCAGUUUGCGCAACCCGCUUGGCAAGUGGCUCUCUGGGCGCUCGCUUACUCGCUGGUGGUGCUGGUGUCUGUGGUGGGAAAUGUCACCGUGAUCUGGAUCAUCCUUGCGCACAGACGCAUGAGGACGGUCACCAACUACUUCAUCGUGAACCUGGCCUUCUCCGACGCCUCCAUGGCCACAUUUAACACCGUCUUCAAUUUCGUUUACGCGCUGCAUAACGACUGGUACUUUGGUUUGGGUUACUGCAAGUUUCAGAACUUUAUCCCCAUCACUGCCGUCUUCUCUAGCAUCUACUCGAUGGCUGCUAUCGCUGUGGACAGAUACAUGGCCAUUAUCCAUCCUUUGAGAUCCCGACUGUCCUCUACCACCACCAAGGUAGUGAUUGGUGUUAUAUGGGCUGUGGCUUUCUCACUGGCCUUCCCUCAAUGUUUCUACUCAAGCACUAAGGUCUACUCUCAUCGCACGGUCUGCAUGGUGGAAUGGCCUGAUGACUACGGUGGAAAACACCAGCUCUCAUAUCAGAUUGCUGUCAUUAUCCUGAUCUACUUGCUCCCCCUGCUGGUGAUGCUAGUGACCUACAGUUUGGUGGGCCAACGUCUAUGGGGCAGCAAGAUCCCAGGAGAAGCCUCAGAUCACUACCAGAACCAGAUUCAGGCAAAGCGCAAGGUUGUGAAGAUGAUGAUCAUUGUGGUGACAACCUUUGCUAUAUGCUGGCUCCCCUAUCAUAUCUACUUCAUCCUGGGCAGCUUCAAGAAGGAUAUAUACAACCAGCAUUACAUCCAGCAGGUCUACUUGGCCAUCUUCUGGUUAGCUAUGAGUUCCACCAUGUACAACCCCAUCAUAUACUGCUGCCUGAACCAAAGAUUCCGGUCAGGUUUCCGGCGAGCGUUCCGCUGGUGCCCAUUCAUCAAGGUCACAGAGGAGGAUGACAUGGAGCUGCGGCAUAUGAGAACCUUCCGGACAACACGUAGCUGUCGAACAGAGACCACCAGCGUCAUGGUGCGGAACCAUGUCAGUGCGCCAGAGGAGGUCAUGGCUGAGCUGAUUAAAUCCUAGGCUCAGCUUCACUGAAGGCUCAAGACAAGAGGCUCUGAAAAAGAAAUGCGUUGAGCCUGAGUCAGCUCCAAAUACCUCACAGAGAACUUUAACACUGAGAAGUUUAAUAUAAAUGUUGUUCCAGUGAAUUACAGCUGUAUUUCCAUGGCUUAAGCACUAAUCUUAUUUGUCGCUGCUGUAUGUAUUUGUUGUUUGUGUUUCUGUGUGCUUUAUUAAACAUUCUGUGAAAUGUGUGAACUUUAAACUGUAAAUGCUAACUAAUAGUGUCAAGUGAAACAUCUCACUAUAAGGAAUUGUUCUAAUGAUAAGACUUGACCUGCAGUAGACAUAAAAUCCUUUUGCAGUCUUUUUAGUGUGCUACCUGUUAUGAGUCAGUUAGAAGUGAUGUAAAUUGAUAGAAGAAUGGACAAAAUGUUCAGAAACUGAGGCCAAGCUUGCUCACAAUAGAAGAAUAAAGAACUUAAAGAAUAAAAUGACACAAGUGUCCUAAAUAUACACCGAU